AUGGCAGUCGCCCGAGCUUGCCCUAUGGGUGUGUCGGUCGACCAGCGGCGCGCGGCCGUGGCCGUGCUUCGCGCUGCCGCCGCCGCCGGCGAGCUUUCCUUAGGCAAGGCGAUUCACGCGAAGGUUAUCAGAGCCGCUCGCUUCGACGUCGUCCAGUACAACAACCUCAUUGCCUUCUACGUGAAAUGCGGCCGCCUAGGCCUUGCCCGGCAGGUGUUCGACGCAAUGUCGUCCCGGAACAAUGUGUCUGCGAACCUGCUCAUGUCCGGGUACGCUUCUUCCGGGCGUCACAAGGACGCCCUCGCGCUCCUUAGGGUGGCCGACUUCGGUCUGAAUGAGUACGUGCUGUCAUCAGCUGUCGCUGCGGCUGCCCAUGUCCGGAGCUAUGAUAUGGGAAGGCAGUGCCAUGGAUUUGCUAUCAAGGCUGGGUUAGCAGAGCAUCCUUAUGUUUGCAAUGCGGUCCUUCAUAUGUAUUGCCAAUGUGCAUACAUGGACGACGCAGUGAAGGUAUUUGAAAACGUCUCCAGUUUUAAUGUUUUCGCAUUCAACUCUAUGAUAAACGGGUUUCUUUAUCGGGGCCACAUGGAUGGUUCCGCCAGUAUAGUAAGAAGCAUGGUGAGAAAAGUCGAGCAAUGGGAUCAUGUGUCAUAUGUCACAGUUCUUGGGCAUUGUGCUAGCACAAAAGAGUUGGUGCUUGGGAGUCAGCUGCAUACCCAAGCACUGAAGAGGAGGCUUGAGCUGAAUCUGUAUGUGGGGAGUGCACUUGUUGAUAUGUACGGGAAAUGUGACUGUCCCCAUGAUGCCAAUUGUGUGUUUGAGGUUUUGCCAGAAAAGAAUAUUGUUUCCUGGACAGCUGUUAUGACUGCUUAUACCCAAAAUGAGCUAUUUGAAGAUGCAUUGCAUUUGUUCUUGGACAUGGAAAUGGAAGGAGUUCGGCCAAAUGAAUUCACUUAUGCUGUUGCUCUCAACAGUUGUGCAGGUCUUGCAUCCUUGAAAAAUGGUAAUGCCCUUGGUGCCUGUACUAUGAAAACUGGGCACUGGGAUCUUUUGCCUGUUGGUAAUGCACUCAUGAACAUGUACUCAAAGAGUGGCAGUGUUGAGGAUGCACGGAGAGUCUUCCUUUCUAUGCCAUAUCGUGAUGUGGUGUCUUGGAACUCAAUUAUCACUGGCUAUGCUCAUCAUGGUCGUGCAAGAGAAGCCAUGGAAGCGUUUCAUGAUAUGUUGUUUGCAGAAGAGGUCCCAUCUUAUGUAACUUUCAUUGGGGUUCUGUCAGCUUGUGCUCAGUUGGGUCUUGUAGAUGAAGGGUUCUAUUACUUGAAUACUAUGAUGAAGGAAGUGGGGGUUAAUCCUGGUAAGGAACAUUACACUUGCAUGGUCGGUUUGCUGUGCAGAGCUGGACGGCUUGAUGAGGCAGAACGAUUCAUAGAGAGUAGCUGCAUCAGUACUGAUGUUGUUGCAUGGAGAUCACUUCUAAAUUCUUGCCAAGUGUAUAGAAAUUAUGGUCUUGGUCAUCGAGUAGCUGAGCAGAUUUUUCGGUUAAAACCCAAAGAUGUUGGAACCUAUGUUUUGCUUUCUAAUAUGUAUGCAAAAGCAAAUCGAUGGGAUGGUGUCGUGAAGGUUCGGUGGCUGAUGAGAGAAUUGGGUGUUAGGAAGGAGCCUGGUGUUAGUUGGAUUCAAGUGGGUAGUGAGGUCCAUGUUUUCACAUCAGAGGACAACAAACAUCCAUAUAUGGAGCAGAUCACCAAAAAACUCCUAGAGCUGAUAGACCAGAUAAGAGUGAUUGGCUAUGUUCCAAACAUUGCGGUGGCCCUACAUGAUGUUGAGGAUGAACAAAAGGAAGAACAUCUUAUGUACCACAGUGAGAAAAUAGCUCUUGCAUUUGGCCUUAUUCGCAGCCCUAAGGGAGAAACUAUUCGUAUAAUGAAAAACGUCAGGAUAUGUGAUGAUUGCCAUGUUGCUAUCAAACUCAUAUCACUUGCCACAUGCAGAAGAAUAGUUGUAAGGGAUACCGUUCGGUUUCAUUGUAUAGAAGAUGGAGUUUGCUCAUGUGAUGACUAUUGGUGAUGACUGUUGCAUAAAGCCUCUUGAAUCAGCUAGAUGGAGCAAAUUGGCUGUAUAUGUGAUUCAAGAGUGUUCUUACUGAGUAUAAAUAUCAAGAUGGGACCAGAAAGUCAUUAAGGUCGCAGCUCCGUAGGACAAGUAAAGUUUGAGAAAGGACAUGGAAAUGCAACCAUUUAUUGAAGAACAAUGUUAAAGAUGUAAAUAUGUGAAUUAAUUUAACGACUAACAAGGGAGCAUGCUAUUGCUUUCCCAUUAGCAGAUUUCUUGACUAAUUAACAGAGCAGCUGAUGUCUUGGUUAACUAUUUUGAGCAAGUUAAAGAUGUAAAUAUGCGAAUUAUUUUAAUGACUAACAAGGGAGCAUGCUAUUGCUUUCCCAUUAGCAGAUUUCUUGACUAAUUAACAGAGCAACCGAUGUCUUGGUUAACUAUUUUGAGCAAGUAAUGUAGGAGCACUGCUGUAUAUAGAAUUUUGUUUACAUGCAUCUGAUGUGACUCAUGACUGAAAUUACCCUCAAGGUUCAAGUUUCAUAGAGAGCAGAUCAUAAGGAGGCAUUUUAAUGUGUCUGAGUAAUUUAUCUUCAA